AAUCAAUGAAAAGCCAGAGCCCUGUCACUCGUACUAAGACACUUGAGUCAUACCAUCAGAGACAUAAAUCUUAUAAUAGAGUGAUUCCGAAGAAAUUUCAGCAGAUCAGAGAUAAUAACGAUCUUUUUGAGUCAGAUAUAAUGACCAGAGUCUUGACAGGUAAUUAAGCCGAAAGGAGCUUCAAGGAAGUCCUUCACCAGUCCUUGAAGGAAUCCCGGGAUCCCCGGGAUUUCUUCAGAGACUCCUUUGAAGCUAGAUUUUUCGCCGAAUUUAUCGAAGAUUAAUGAGAAGAUGUCUUCUCCUGAAAAGCCGAAAAGCAUUCGGAAGAAUUCUUCACCAGUGAAGGAGGCGAAAGGGGCUCACGAGAGCCCCUCUCCUUCUGUGAUGCAGAUCCAGAAGCAGCAUUCGACUGGAGUUAUUAAUCAUUCCUAUCUUUCAUCACCGGUGAGGUCACCAUCAGUGUCUAAACAUGUGAGGAAGAUAUCUCCAGUAAGCAUUAAGUAUCCCCUGGAUACUCAAUUCGGGAGAUAUUUUAACAGAGAACUUACUAGGACGAAAAAGAAACUCAAGACUUCGAAUGUAAUGAUGGAAGGUGUAUUUGAUUCUCUCUUAGAAAUUAACCGCAGAGUCAUACUGAAGUAUGUCGUUGGGGAAUACUUGAAUCCUGACCCAGAAGAGCUAGAACUAUUGAAAAAGAAGAAAGAAAAGAGGGUAAAAAGACAAGUCCCAUCUGCCCCUCCUCAGCCAGUGACUCCAAUAAGGCAAUCUCCCUUAGCCCUAAAGGAAGGUCACGAAGAGGGGGUUGAGAAGGCAAAAGCGUUAGUUAGAAGGUUAAACAAGGAAAAAUAAAUUCAGAGAAGAAAGAAAGCUUAAAGAGAUACUACAAAGACAGAUGGAAGAGAUAGAAUAUCAGGAGAGAUUGAAGGAGGAAAAAGAAGCAGAAGAACGCAAGAAAAAUGAAUUGUAUGAACUCAAAAGGCUUGAAAUAGAGAAGAGGAUUAAAGAUAAAGAGAGAAAGAAAAUUGACGAACUAGAACUCUUGAACAGAAGCCGAAUGACUAUUAGCCAAUGUCGAGCUAAAGAGCCUCUUUACAAAUAAACUUGAGAAAAAAUUUCAUGAAAACUUCGAAAUUCCAGAACUUCAGAGUAGGAAGCAGAAAUUGAAGGAAAUCCGUGAAUUAAAAGGCAAAAGACACCAGAAGAAGGAGAUCUUUAUUAACAUCAAAUAAAUACGAAUCUGUUGUUCGACAAAGAAUGGCUGAGCUAGAGGAAGAAAGAAUGCGAAAAGCUGCUAAUAUUGACUACCACCCUGAAAAGUACAAGACCAAAACUAAUCAAAAAGUCUUUGAAGAAGACCAAAGAAAGAAGAAGGAACUACUUGAUCGAAUGAAUAAAUAAGCGCCUUCUUGCUGAGAAAAAGAUGACCUAUGGACAGUUUGUACAACAAGUCCACAAGCCUAUAGUUUCAGAGAAAUAAGAAAGAAGAGAUGGAGCAUCUGAAAGAGAAAGCUAAGCAUCCUGUAAAAGAAGGCAAGAAAAUACCCAGUAGUGCAGGGUACCAUGAUUUGUAUAAUCUCCAUGGAGAGAAUCCUUGGAAUUCCACCUCUCAUUUAGUUGGCCAAUCCCGGAUAUCCAGCUUAUCAGCGAUAAAUCAUAGGACCCCUUUAAACAACCUCCGGAAUCACUCUAGAUUGGUUUCAAGGGGUGCAAAGAACUCCACUCGAAAGCUAAAGCAUAAGAGUACUGGAAAGUUCACACUCAAUGAAAAUGAGAACUUUGGGGAUGAGAUUUCUAACGAACACCCUGAGAAUAAUUUUAGUGAAGUUCCAAAGACUAUUUAUUCUACUACUGAAGCAGCCAAAUAUUCUGAAAAGAAACCAAAGAAAUUAAUCAUCAUGAAGAAAUCCAAGAGAGUUCACAAAGGACUCAGAGCGAAGCGAUUGUCUCCCAGGAAGUUGAAGAACCACAAGCGUGAAAAGCUAGACGAAGAACGAACAAACCGAUGGAAAAAUAGCAUGCAAAGGAUUUCUCAUAGUGCUAAUGAUAAUAAAGUAGAGAAGAUCAAGAACCUCGCAGGCAUGAUAGAAAGUAAAGCCAAUCAGAAAGAAAAAAUUCUUAAUACUAAAGACGGUUUGAAUGUUGAAGAGACUAUUGAAGUGAACGACAUGUAUCUUAGCGCCAUAAAAGCCAAACUUGCUCUCCUCGAUGACGAAGACUAACCCCUCUAAUCCUUAAAAAUCC